CCGGCCCGCACCCCCUGCACCCAGCGCCCGCCCUCCCCAGCAGCACGGGCAUGGAGGGGUCCCCGCCGGGAGCCCCGCUGCGAGCGGGGUGGUUGGACAAGAACCCACCCCAGGGGUCCUACAUCUACCAGAGGCGCUGGGUGAAGCUGGAUGCUGAGCACCUGCGCUAUUUCGACAGUGAGAAGGACACCUAUUCCAAGCGCUUCAUCCCCGUCUCCUGCAUCUCCCGCAUCACCAGCAUCGGGGACCAGAAGUUCGAGGUCAUCACCAACAACCGCAACUUCGUGUUCCGUGCUGAGAGCGAUGCCGAUCGCAAUGAGUGGAUCCGGAGCCUUCAGCAGGUGGUGGAGGAGCGGAGGAGGACAUUGGGGUCCCCAGGCUCCAGUGGGGUCCCCAGUGAGCUGCCCGAUAGGAGCGGGUUCCUGGAGCUGCGGGGCUUCAAGCACAAGCUCUUCGUGGUGGUGGCUGGGGAUAAAGUUCUCCUCUACAAGAACGCUGAGGACCAUCGCCUUGGCAUCGGCAUCACCUACAUCGAGAUGAACGUGGGCAACGUGAAGGAUGUGGAUCGCCGCGGCUUCGAGCUCACCACCCCGUACCGCACCUUCAGCUUCGCGGCCGACUCGGAGCAGGACAAGGAGGAGUGGCUGGAAGCCAUGGAGCAAUCCAUCACCGAGGCCCUCUCCAGCUCCGAGGUGGCCGAGAGGAUCUGGGCACUGGAACCCAACCGCUCCUGCGCCGACUGUGGUGCCCCCAAGCCCGACUGGGCCUCCAUCAACCUCUGCGUGGUCAUCUGCAAGCGAUGCGCGGGGGAGCACCGGGGCUUGGGUCCUUCGAUCAGCAAAGUGCGGAGCUUGAAGAUGGACAGGAAGGUGUGGACGGAGGAGCUGAUCCAGCUCUUCCAUCACAUCGGUAACGCUGUCGCCAACCAGUUCUGGGCCGCCAACGUCCCCCCCAGUGAAUCCAUCGGCCCCAGUAGUGGGAGCCAGGAGAGGAGGCGCUUCCUGAGGGCCAAGUACCGGGAGGGCAAGUACCGGCGCUACCACCCGCUCUUCGGCAACCAGGAGGAGCUCGACAGGGCGCUCUGCGCGGCCGUCACCACCGCGGACCUGGCGGAGACGCAGGCGCUGCUGUUCUGCGGGGCCGCCGCGUCCUGCGCCACCGGGGACCCCCAGUGCCCCACGGCCCUGGCCCUGGCCCAGCGCAGCGGGCAGCGCCUGCAGAUGGAGUUCCUGCUGCACAACAGGUCCUCAGAGCCCCCUCGCCUGGAGCUGGGGGGCAGCGAGGAGAAGCCCUACUCGGUUCCGCUGCUCUCCGUCACCCACCACGGCUUCCUCUACAAGACCCCGUCCAUGGCCAAGCCCAUCGGCGAGCGCAAGGGGCCGGAAGAGUUCAGCCGGCGCUGGUGCACGCUGCAGGACGGGCUCCUCAGCUACUACGAGAGCGAGCGCAGCGCGGCGCCCAACGGGGAGCUCCGGGCCCAGGAGAUGGUGUGCCUGGUGCACAAUGCACCCCACACACAUGGCAUCGAGCACACCUUCGAGGUGUACAUGGAGUCGGAGAGGCUCUACCUGUUCGGGCUGGAGAGCCCCGGCUCCGCUCGGGAAUGGCUCAAGUCCAUUGCCAAGUCCUUCAUCCACCCCUGUGCCGAGGAGCUCCUGGCGCUGGACUUCGAGCGCAUCGGCCGCCUGCACUACAAGGGGGGCCUCAACCUGGAGCGCACCAAGGAGGGCUGGUUCGCCCUAAUGGGGUCCGUGCUCCACAUCUGCUUCCAGGGCGGCGAGCGGCAGGAACCCCUCCAGCUCCGCAAGCUGCAGGAGCUCUCCAUCCAGGGGGACAAUGAGGUGCUGGUGCUGGUGGAGAGGCGGAGGACACUGUACAUCCAAGGGGAGAGGAAGCUGGAUUUCCUGGGAUGGGUCCAGGCCAUCCAGAAGGCUGCGGGCAGCUCCGGGGACACGUUGUCAGAGCAGCAGCUCACUGAGUCGGAUGUCCCACUGCUGGUGGAUCGCUGCAUCGACUACAUCACCCAGUGUGGGUUGACAUCCGAAGGCAUCUACCGCAAGAGCGGGCAGAACUCCAAGACCACGAGCCUGCUGGAGAUGCUGCGCAGGGAUGCCCGCAGCGUGCGCCUCAAGGAGGGCGAGCACCACGUGGAUGAUGUGGCCAACACCCUCAAGAGGUUCUUCAGGGACCUGGGGGACGGGCUCUUCACCAGGCACUGGGGCCAGGACUGGAUGCGGGCCACUGCACUGGAGGACGAGGAGGUGAAGAUCACCGAGUACCGGCGGCUCCUGGGCCUGCUCCCCACGGUGAACCGGGCCACGCUGAAGGCGCUCAUCAACCACCUAUUCCGGGUGCAGCGGUUCUCUGGGGAGAACCAGAUGAACACACACAACCUGGCCAUUGUCUUCGGGCCCACGCUCUUCCAGAUGGAUGGGAAGGACUACAAGGCAGGACGGGUGGUGGAGGACCUCAUCAGCCACUACGUGAAGAUCUUCAAUGUCAAUGACCAAGAGAUGAAGAAGCAGCAGGAUGAGAUCACGGCCAUCAUGAAGAUGCGGGAGGCAGCAUCCAGCGGGACACAGCAAGCUGGGGACUUCAUCUGCACCGUGUACCUGGAGGAGAAGAAGACGGAGGCAGAGCAGCACGUGAAGAUCCCAGCCACCAUGACCGCCGAGGAGCUCACCUUCGAGAUCCUGCACAGGAGGAAGGUGGUCAUGAAGGAGAAGGACUAUUGGAGCUGCUACGAAGUGAAUGAGAGGGAGGAGGCAGAGAGGCCCCUGCACUACUUGGAGAAGGUCCUGCCCAUCCUGCACUGCCUGGGCACUGAGAGCUACUUGGUGGUGAAGAAGCAGAUGGCCAUGGAGAACAUGCUCGUCUACCUGGCCAGCAGAGGGGGUGACUGCAAGCACGGGCUGAUGAAGUUCCGGGAGGAGAGGAACCUGCUGGGGCUGGGGCUCAGCACCGGCUUCCACGACCGGUACUUCAUCCUGAGCCACCACUGCCUGCGCCUCUAUAGGGACGUGAGGAGCCACAAGCCGGAGAAGGAAUGGCCCGUGGGGAGCCUGCGGGUGUACCUGGGCAUCAAGAAGAAGCUUCGGCCUCCAACGUGCUGGGGCUUCACUGUCUUCUAUGAGAACGAGAAGCACGAGAAGCAGCAAUGGUACCUGUGCUGUGACACCCAGGCCGAUCUCCGUGAGUGGUUCGCCACCUUCCUCCACGUGCAGCACGGGGGGGCCCUGUGGCCCUCGGAGAGCUCCAAGGUGAGGACGUCGCGGUGGCAGCAGGACUCCAGGUUGGGUAACAUCUCCCUCAUCCCGCUGCGGGGCAAUGAGAGUGAGAUGAGGAACAGUGUGGCUGCUUUUGCUGCUGACCCGCUCACUCUCCUGCACAACGUCUGAGCUUGAGGCCUG